GCGCCGCACCUGCGUGCUUUGGCCAGAUACUUCCGGUGCGAACGGCCUAGUACUGUCACCUUCUAAGCGGCCGCUGAGCCCUGCCGAUUACCUAGCGCCUGCUGCUGCUUUCGCAGACACGCCAUGGAGCGCCUUGAUAAAGCGGCGUUGAACGCGCUGCAGCCCCCAGAGUUCAGAAAUGAAAACUCUUUAGCUUCAACCCUCAAGACACUCCUGUUCUUCACAGCUUUAAUGAUCACAGUUCCUAUCGGGUUGUAUUUUACAACUAAAUCCUAUGUAUUCGAAGGUGCCCUCGGAAUGUCCAAUAGAGACAGCUACUUUUAUGCUGCAAUUGUUGCUGUUGUUGCUGUUCAUGUGGUUCUGGCCCUGUUUGUCUAUGUGGCCUGGAAUGAAGGCUCACGACAGUGGCGUGAAGGCAAACAGGAUUAAAGUGAACAUCACCUUUUGAUAGCAUGAAAUUUAUUUUUUGAAUAUGUUAAAUACUUCUGGGAUAUAAAUAAAUAAAUACAUUUUGUUUGAAUAAAGUUGAAAGAACAUGUUAAAAUCAGUCUUAAGGAGUCAGUCGCAUUUGGCUAAAUUUUGACCCACCCAAUAAUGUGGUCACUUUGAACUUUGAAUCUCCAUUGCAAAUGAAAAUUUGGUAAAGUUAAGUAGGUAUAAAUGUAUAUGUUAAGAGAGUUAUAUCUUAUCCUAGGAAGAAUUUAAUUACCUUAUAACAACAAAAAUGUAUAGCAAUUUGCCUUAUACUUGCUUUUCAGUUUUAUUUAUUUGGGUAGAUUAAGAAACAGUAAAGCAAAUUUAAAUUUCCUUUUUCACUGGAGGACUUCCUGGAAAAUGCCAGGCCUUUGGAUUUGAGAUUCUAAAUUCCUGUGGAAAGCUACCAAAAUUGUGGGCAGUAUAGUUAAUCUAAAUGUCACUGAGGAAGGAUAACUCUCACAUUCCAUUAUUUAGUGGGGAAAGUUGCUGAAAUCACACCCAUUCAAACAAAAGAUUUAGGAUUACUGAGACAAAGAAUUGAGCUUACUGUCAGUAUUGUGACUAUACUACUAACAUUGUGCCGCAUUUUUCUUUGAAAUUAGGCUUCAAUUGCAAAGUUUAUCAAAAUCCCAUUUAGUGUGUCAUCCUACUUUAAAA